AUGGAUAACAACCUAUGGACCCGCCGCACAAACUCAGGCAAGCUUUCCCUCUCGACACCGGGCAAUGGCAGUCCCGCACCGGGCGGUGACGCCAACCGUAACGGCUCCUUCGCCAAACGAUUCGGCGGCGACUCGUCCUCACAUGGCGGCAAAUCAAAUCCCUUCAACAGCGUAACGACCCCCGGCGGCAUGGCUUCUCCGACUGCCUCCAACGCCUUCGGCCUGGGCUCCGGCGCUUUCGCUUCCUUCGGGUCUGCGAAGACGCCGAAAUCCCCCGGCAACCCUUUCGACAUGGCUAUGGGCAAGAUUGGCGCCAAGGCUGUCGGCGCGUCGUCGCAUGAUCCCUUGGGUAAGCCGUCCAUGGCCUCCAUCGCCGAGAAUGCGGCGGGGAAGAAGGCGGUGGGCUCGCAACCAGUCUCGACUCGGACAUCAUCUGAGACCCUUCGCGUCCAUCAGCUCAAGUACGAGUGGGUGACGUGGUGUCGCCCGCCCCAGCCAAAGGGCCAGCCGUACCAGGAGUACGCCAAGUCACUGACUCCCAUGAUCCACUGUAACAGCGUGGAGGAGUUCUGGGUUGGCUAUCCGCAUCUCAAGCGACCUUCGGAGCUGUCGGUGGGCUGGGAAUACCACUUUUUCAAGAGGGGUGUCCGUCCCAUCUGGGAGGAUGACGAGAACAGGAGCGGUGGCAAGUGGGUGCUGCGCUUGAAGAAGGGCAUCGUUGACCGGUACUGGGAGGACACCGUGUUUGCGCUUCUUGGCGAGGCUUUCACCGACUGCAGUGACGAGAUUUGUGGAGGUGUGGUUAGCGUCCGCAACGGCGAGGACAUCAUCAGCAUCUGGACGCGCUCGACCGGUGGACGUGUGCUGAGAAUUCGUGAGACGUGGAAGAGCUACCUUAAGUGCCCUCCCAACACGAUUUUCGAGUUCAAGUCCCACGACGAGAGCAUCCAGCACAGAGCAGCCAUCGAGGAGUCGCGCCGCGAGAAGCAGCACGACAAGCGAUCCAACGCCAUGAAGCAGUCCAACGAAGAGCAGAAGCAGCCCACUUCCUGA